AUGGAUUCAACAACGUCUUCUUCAGCUUCAUCUGUGACUGAUUGUACGGUGCUGGGACCACAAAGCAGUAGUGUAGAUGAAACUUCUGGCUUAUCUAAAGGUAUGUUUUUCUAUUUCACUUAUUUUUUUUAUGUUUGGGCGUGAAAAAUAUGUGUUUUUUCAAAUUUGUGCGUAUAUAUGGUCUACAAUUAUGUUAUAGUAAAUUGAUUACAAAUAUUGUUGUUUAUUAUAGUAAAUUACUUUAUAGUAUAAUGUUAUGUGAGAAUUGUACUUGAAGCGCAAAAUUUGUAAAAAAGUUUUAAAAUUGCUUUUGUUUUGGUUUAGGCUUAGCUUUAGGCUUACCUUUAGGCAUAGCUUAAGGCUUCGAUUUAGGCUUAGCUUUAGGCAUAGCUUUAGGCUGAGCUUUAGGCUUAGCUGUAAGCUUAGCUUUAAACUGUUUUAAUCUUUUUUUAAGUUUAACUUCAGGCUUCGCUUUAGGCUUAGCUUUAAGCUUAGCAUUAGAUCUAGCUUAACAAAUAAUUUUAGGCUUAGUUUCAGAGCCUGCCUUAUAGUUAUUAGUUUGUUUUUGUAAAAUACGUUUGAAAUUGCUGCUGGAAAAAUACAAUUACAUUUUUAGGUAUAUUUCCAUCAACGACACUGCCAAGCCUAACUUCACCCAGAAAUUUCAAUUUACCAGCAUUAUCUACAGUACCUGCUGCUGCAUCGAACACGUUAAGGAUUGGGUAUCAACAAAAGCUCUCAAGCUUGCUUCAUCAACAACAUUUGUAUUUCGUUAGACUACGAGAAAUACAAGCCCAAAAUGCUCUAAAACAGUUCUUACCACAGGUCAGGAAACAAUACUCACAGAAUGACUUGGAUGCUGCUUUGCAGGUAAGUACUAUGUUUAGAGUUACGUAUAGACCUAAUACAAACUUACGCGUAUGCUUCAGCAUAGGUUUGUAUUAAGCUUGGAUUAGCGCUGAGCCUUAGUUGGAGUUUGUUUUAGGCUUAUGAUUAAUAUUAAGCUUAGGGGUUGGCUAAGUUUAGGUUAAAGCUUGGGCUCAGGCUCAUUCUAAGAUUCAGGCUUAAACUCAGGCUAUGGCAUAGGCUUAAGCUUAGGCUUAACUUAGAUUCAGGAUUGGAAUUACGAUUAGGCUCAAGCUCAAGCUUAAGUUCAAUCUCAAACUAAGGCUCAGGCUCAGUCUCAGGCUUAAGUUCAGGCUUAACUUAGAUGCAGGAUCGGAAUCACGAUUAGGCUCAGGCUCGGGCUCAAGUUCAAUCUCAGGUUCAGGUUCAAUUUCAAUCUCAAUCUCAGGCUCAGGCUUAGGCUUACACUUAAACGCAGGCUUAGGCUUAAUUUCAAGCAGUCACAGCUUAACUUUAGACUUUAUUUGGCUAAGUUUUUGAUUAGGCUUACGUCCAGACUUACGCUUUGCCUUUUUCUUACACCUAAGCCUAAUUUUAGGUUUAAGUUUGAUUUUUAAAUAAUAUUUUAUCUAGCUAAAGCAAGUUAAUAACAGACAAUAGCUUUUUACCGCCUUAAGGCCUCUGACCAAUGUUAUUAUUUCAAUGUUCCUAUACAUACUAUAGCACAUUUUCAUACAGUAGUGCCCAAAAUUAAUGAACUCGACUAAUUUCGAAUACAUUUUCUCUUCAAAGUCCCACGAAACACCUGCAGCACUUUAGAGAAUCGAAAAUUCGACCAGUACAUUAAUAUUUUGUUGUUUUUCACAUACCGUACGCGGUUGCAUCUAAGGGGGGGGGGAGGCAGGUGUUAAUUAAAACCCCAAAAAUUUCUUAACCAAACCUUAAGUGCUGUAUUUUUAAAGAAAAAAGAAGUUUUUAUGGUUUUAAAAUAAAUUUUUGAAAUUUUAAAAAAUUUUAAAAAAAUUUUUUAAUUUGAAAUUUUGAAAAAAGGUUAAAAUUUCGAUUUGCAGGACAUCCAAAGCGGCCGAAUAGGAACUCGUCGCGCAUCAGUGGUCUACGGCAUACCUAGAUCAACGCUUCGAAACAAGAUUUAUAAGCUGGACGGGGGCAAACGAAGCUUGGGCAGUGUGGAAGAAAGUGCAAAGUAA